ACAAGAGGCCUCCGCAUGGCGGCUGGGACCGUGUGGUCACCGAGGUCACAGCCACAGCCGCAGGCAGGUUGUAAGGGGACACUUCAGAGAGGCCUGGCGGGGGAUUCCAGGCCGUGGAGAGCUUGGGUUACAGCAGGGGCUGGGAGGGCCGCAGAGGUGCCAGGUUCAGCCCCCCACCCCGCUGUCGGGAGUGCUUUCUGCAGCGACACCUUCCACCUGAAAACGCGCAGCGGAGGCCAAAGAGAACGGACAAGUAGAAGGCAAAAGUCUGCAGACAAACAGGGGCUGGGCCGGGCGGGGUGUGCCUUCAGCUGGAAGGCGGGGUCGCAGUUCUUGGAGUCCUGGAGCUGUCUCCCGACAGGAUAUGAGAGAGGAACUGGGGUCCCCGGUCACGGGAGCCGGCCAGGGCUGCAGGCGGGGAGCGAACGUGGCUGCCCCAGCCACCUGGCCCUCCUGUACCACCUGACAGCAGUGUCGGCCCCUGCGCCGGGCACUCCCAACUUCUGGGCAUCGGGCUGGCUGGGCCCCCAGCAGUACCUGAGCUACAGCAGCCUGCAGGGCCAGGCAGAGCCCUGCGGGGCCUGGGUCUGGGAGAGCCAGGUGUCCUGGUACUGGGAGAAAGAGACCGCGGACCUGCGCAACAAGCAGAAGCUCUUUCUGGAAGCUCUCAAAGCCCUGAAGGGAAAGGGCCCCUACGUCCUGCAGGGCCUGCUGGGCUGUGAACUGGGCCCUGACAACGCCUCUGUGCCCACGGCCAAGUUCGCGCUGAACGGCGAGGACUUCAUGACGUUCGACCCCAGGCAGGGCAACUGGAGUGGAGACUGGCCCGAGGCCGGCGACAUCAGCAGCAGGUGGCAGGCGCAGGCCGAGGCUGUCAGCAGGGAGAAGACCUUCCUGCUGUACUCCUGCCCCCAGCGGCUGCUGGGCCACCUGGAGCGGGGCCGUGGGAACCUGGAGGGGAAGGAACCGCCCUCCAUGCGCCUGAAGGCCCGGCCGGGCAGCCCUGGCUUCUCUGUGCUCACCUGCAGCGCCUUCUCCUUCUACCCGCCGGAGCUGCAGCUUCGAUUCCUGCGGAAUGGGCUGGCGGCCGGCUCCGGAGAGGGCGACCUCGGCCCCAACGGCGACGGCUCCUUCCACGCCUGGUCCUCCCUGGUAGUCAAACGCGGCGACGAGCACCACUACCGCUGCCUGGUGCGGCACGCAGGGCUGGCCCAGCCCCUCACCGUGGAGCUGGAGUCGCCAGCCACGUCCUUGGUGCCAGUGGUCGCAGUCGUCAUCAGCCUGGCGCUGCUCAUAGCUGCAGCCGUGGGAGGAGCUCUGCUGUGGAGGAGGAUGAGGAGCGGGCUGCCAGCUCCUUGGAUUGCUUUCCGCGGGGAUGACGUCGGGGCCCUCCUGCCCACUCCAGGCCUGCACCAGGAUGCUGACUCGCAGGAUAUAAAUGCAUUCCCAGCAACUGUCUGACCACCCCGUUCUGGCUGCUAAUACAAAGGUAGCCAGGUCCCUUCCGUGCUGUGAGACCUCCUGGAAUCCUGGCAUCUCUGAGCCUCCAGAAGGAGUCCUGGGCCUGAUCUGCUCCUGGGCCUCUCUUCCCGUGAUCUGCCUCAGUCUCCCCUCCUGUUACAUAUGGCUCUUCCCCAUCUCCACAUAUAACAGUUUGGGCCCGAGUCUGUGUGCUCUCGUCAUUUCAGGUGUUGAGGCCGGGGAGGGACGGAAUGGGUGGGGGAGCACCGUGUAAGCCUUGGGCUUCAGUUCCCCUGUGUCUAACGUUGUUGCAGUGGGGUCUGACCAUUUUAUAUAUCAAGUUAUGUAUUUUUCAUUCAUAAAUUUUACAA